AUGGAUAUCACCUUAACCUCUGAGAACAUCAUCGAGCAUGCCCAACAUGUUCUAUGUCUAAUCGCUUGUGAAUGGGGGGGAUGUGAGGCAAAGUUGAACAGCUGGCGACAGCUACAGGAGCAUCUCAAGAUGCACUGUCGAAACCAGCAGGCUAAAGGCACAUAUGAUUGUCAUUUCCACAGAUGUGCUGGUCGCAUUCACACAUCCUUUGUUGACCUUUGGGAGCAUGUCCAGCUCAGCCAUCUGUCUCGUAUUACAUUAAUUUGCCCCAUCUCUGGUUGCCCUCACACCUUCAGUGGCCACCGAUUAUCACUCGUACCACACAUUCAAGAUAUUCACAUGGAGCUGGUUGGCAGACCGAUUGCAGAAAUCACUGGCAGGCUAAGGCCGACAUACAGGCCAUUUAGCCCAGUGCUUCGCAACCUGCCACCACUCCCCUCAAACAAUGCACCCAUCUACAUGGUGACAGCCUUGCCCAUGAGCAAAGCCAGCCAUCCUCGAGGUCAGAGGUCAGAGAUGUUGUCUCAGUUCACCCGAGGGUCAAGGAGGAUGAGCCGGAAGGAGCUGGAGGAAGAGGAGGAUGCUCAGCCAUUCAGUGACCUUCCCAACCCUGACAUGGAAGCAAUCAAUUUGUCUGGCAAGCUGAUCCUUCAGCCCAGAUCAGAGCAGCCAUGGCUGCAGCUAUCUCGGCCAUACAGCAUGGGCCUCUCAUCUCGAGUCGAGGGGACAAAGCCUCCAGUCAGCAUUAGCUACAGGGCUUUCUGCACCAAGUUCCAUGGGCUGGAAGAGGCAGCACUCAUCAACGGCACAGGAGAGUGGCCUGAUGCAGAGGAAGAAGGGCAGUAG